AUGACUCUCCACGAGGCCGAGACGGCGCCCACCCCGUCCCCCGUCCCCCUCGCCCCCCCUCCCGCCGACGAGCACGGGCACGAGGACAAGCACGAGGACAAGCACGAGGACAAGCACGAGGACAAGCACGAGGACGAGCACGAGCGCUCCGCCCGCCGCAGCAAGCCCGCCCACCAUCAUAAGCCCAAGCCCGCGCCGUUCCCCCUGCCCAAGCUGCGCGUCGAGUUCCGCGACAUCACCCACCCCGGCGCCAGGCUCUUCUUCGGCGCCGUCCACGCCUCGGACGUCGUGACCGAGGCCACGGCCAACGUCCUGCGCCUGCUGUACAGGUGCCCCUCCGACCCGGCCACCACGGCGCCGCCCACCCGCUCCGUCACCUUCGUCUUCCGAGACAUGCCCGGCGUGGCCUACACCACCGGCUCCGAGCUCGACGACGACCACAAGGAGAUCCACUUCGCCCUGGGCCACAUCGCCAACUCGAGCAGGUCCACCCUGGGCAAGGAGAUUGCCGGCGUCGUCACCCACGAGCUCGUCCACUGCCUCCAGUGGAACGCCCGCGGCACCUGUCCCGGCGGCUUGAUCGAGGGCGUCGCCGACUGGGUCCGCCUCCGCUGCCACCUGGUCCCUCCGCACUGGAAAAGGGAGGCUGGCGCCAAGUGGGAUGCUGGCUAUCAACACACUGCCUACUUCCUGGACUACCUAGAGGCUCGCUUUGGCGAGGGUUUCGUGAGGAGACUGAACGAGAAGCUGCGGCACGAAGCGUAUGAGGAGGAUACGUUUUGGUCCGACUUGACGGGGUCGACUGUUUCUUCCUUGUUUGAUGAUUAUCAGGGCACUUUAAAGGCCGACAAAUAG